UCAGUAGGAUUGUGGGUGCGCUGGCGCCUAGCUCAACCGAUUUUGGGCGAGAGGCGGGGUAAAACCCAAACUGUUUGAUAGCCAGUUGCAGGGCACAUAGAGUCAAACAACCAUUCACACUCAAUGUCACACUUGGGGCCAAUUCUUUUUUUCAUGCUUAAUGCAAACACAAUUACAAAACUAGCAUUAAUGUCCUUGUAAAAAUUAAACUGCCCUAUAAACUCGAGCACAAGCGGUAGUGACACAUGCAGACAGAGCAUACAACAAUAUUAAUGGGCAUAUGUUCUUACAUGUAAUUAGUAUUAUUAUUCAUCUUAGUUGCGGCUGUCUUUAUUUUGUUCUUCAUCAGCAAAUAUAGUAGUAUCUAGUAUGUGUGUAUGUAUGACAUUGCUUCACAGGAGCCAAGAGUUACAGGUAGUGGGCCACACGCCUGACUUUGGUGUGGGCAGCAUGGGUUCAAUUCCUGCUCCAGCACUCAUGUGACCCUUGUAAGGAUAAGCGGCUUGGGAAAUGGAUGGAUGGAGUAGCCAAGGUUCAAAAUGUCUGAACUAUUUAUGGAAUGUGAAGAAGAAGAGCUGGAGCCAUGGCAGAGAGCAGCUCCAGAGCCGUUGAAUGAGGAGGAGGACGACGACGAUGAGCCCAUUUUCGUUGGAGUAGUGUCAAAAAAGGAACACGAGGUUCUGCACGUUGCUUCACCUCCUCUCAAGGACAAUGUGAUCAAGCAUGUGCUCAACUCUUCUCCUGUUCCUGUUGCUGCUCCUGCGCCUUCUCCUGCUUCCACUGCGCCAACCCUGGCAUCUUCUAUAAUGUUACCUUUGAAAAUAGCUGGAAAUGCCAUCAGUACUCCAACAGCCAAUCUCACGACGCUGACUCCGCAGCCUGUUAUUGUCAAUAACCAGGGCUUCAUCGUAACCCCGCAGUUAACCAGCAACAAUAACCUCAUUGCCACUCUUGGGAAGCAGUAUCCUCCUGGGACCAAAUUUACCUUUGUACCAGCCGGUCAGCCGCAGCAGCUAAUCCAGCGGGUCGCCCCAGUCACUGCCGUACCUGGCGUUGUCCAUCGGCCUCACGUGCAGCAGAUCCGAAACAACGUUGUGACGUUGGCGAAUGUGCAGAGCCCCACUGUAUAUUCACCCAAACACCGUCUGCUGCAAGUCGGCCAGGCCACCUCUGCGCAGACGAUCCCCUUGCCUGUGCAGGCUAACACUUUAAACAGAGAGACAGUGAAGCGGGUGUUGAUUCCUCAGCAAAUGGACAUGGCUAUAAAAAGAUUCAAAUCUGACAUCGGCCAAGAAAACGCAACCCAACCAGUGGAAAAUGGUGAGGUAAAGAAAAAAUGUCCACAUUGUAAAGAAGAAUUCCCUCACCAGGAGGCAUUAAAUCAACAUAUGAUUAGUUGCCGGGCUGGAGCGGAAAGUAGUUCUCCGCUAUCCGAUAACCUCGCACACAAACGCAUCAUGCUGGUGUCAGAUUUCUACUACGGCAGAUUUGAGGGGGAUCACGUCAAGGAGCCUCUGGAGAGGAGCAGCAUCACUUUCAAGUGUCAGUGUUGUUUGAAAGUUCUCAAGAGUAACAUCAGGUUCAUGAACCACGUAAAGCACCACCUGGAGCUGGAGAAACAGAACAACGAGAGCUUGGAGAGCCACACAACUUGCCAGCAUUGCUACCGCAUGUACAUGACUCCAUUCCAGCUGCAGUGCCACAUCGAGAGCGCUCACAGUCCCAUCGAAUCCUCCACGAAUUGCAAGAUAUGUGAGCUAGCGUUUGAGUCGGAGCAACUGCUCCUGGAACACAUGAAGGACAAUCAUAAGCCUGGGGAGAUGCCCUACGUCUGUCAGGUGUGCAAUUAUAGGUCCUCCUUUUUCUCAGAUGUGGAGACACAUUUCCGAAGUGUCCAUGUAAACACAAAAGAUCUGCUGUGUCCUUUUUGUCUCAAGAUCUUGAGAAAUAGUCAAAGGUACAUGCAACACUUCAUGAAACAUCAGAAAAAAGGCAUCCAUCGCUGUGGAAAAUGUCGACUGAAUUUCCUCACCUUCAAAGACAGAAUUGACCACAGGACUCAGGUCCACAAGACUUUUAGAAAGCCUUCAGUCCUGGAGGGCCUGCCUGCGGGGACAAAGGUUACCAUUCGAGCCUCGCUCAGUGGCAAGAUGGUCGCCACUUCGGGUUCAGUGGAUCGAUCCGCUAUAAUUUUCACUCCUGAAACGCUGAGUAACAGCGCAACAAUCGGUUGCGCCAAAGCCAAAAGAAACACCCCUGAAGCAGGAAAGGCCAAAAUAACUCAGAAGAAAAAAGGACAGUCUACUGCCAAUUUCAACCUGUCACUUAAAAGUAUAAGUGCAAAUGGAGGUUGCUACACCUGCAUUGAGUGCAACAACAAAAUUGAUGACUUCUUUUCCCACUUCCUGCUACCUUCCGUUUGUGGUGCGUGCAGUUAUCGGACAAGUUGCAAAGUUGCCAUUGGAACUCACAUGAUAAGAUUUCAUAGCACGGUCAACAAGAGCAGAUUUUCCAAAGCAGAUCAGAGAAAACAUUCAUCUACAUUAAAAUUAACGCUGGUGUGUCUCAACUGUGACCUCCUGGUGGACGCGUCAGGCGGCGAUGUGAUGAGCAAACAUUUAAAUGACAGACCAAAUCACGUAUGCAAAGUCAUUGAGGAGAAAGGUGUCAAAGCCGAAACUGGAGUUCAGGACCACGGUGACGCUUUCCGAAUGAAAAGGAAGGAACUACUCCCCAAGCUCAAGGAGGCGUGUGAAAGGGGAGAAAUGGCCAUCCUGAGACAGGACAAACUGAUAUUCCUCACGCCUGCAACAGCCCACCAGAACAACACAGAAACUCCUGUCGACUCUUCAAAGCCAUACACAGUUUUAAAAUCGUCACCAUUGGAAACACCCCUGCAGCUCGUGGAAAUUGACGAAAUUGAACAUUUCCCUCAAGCGUGCGUUGAACAACCACAAUCUGCACCAGUGUUGCCAGCAACUGUUGAAGAUUCUCCAGAAGAGAAUGUGACACCGUCAGCGGUGGAAGAUUGUCCAGGAGAAAGCGUGACAGAGUCAGCGGGUGAAAAUCCGGAAGAAAACGCAGCACAGUCCCCUUCCCCACCUUCUCACAUGUUUGACGGUAUCGAACAUGUUAACCUUGUUGAAGACUCGCAAAUCACAGAGGACGGUCACCCCACCCCUGCCCACGAGACAGACUGAGCCGCAAAUGGCGGAACAAACGGUGCCAGUCAUAAACUCUUUUAUAUUUCUCAAACUUUUCCAGCAUUCACCACAGAACAACGGCAGUUUUUGCUAUUAACUUUUACCAUGAAUCACUCAAAACUUCCCGCCAAAGGCACCUUGUAGAUAUUGUAUGAUGAUAUUGGAUGCUGUUAACAACCUCUUAUUGGUACAUUUUGAAACAAAAUCAUCGGAUCCCAGCAUUUAGGCGCACGAUACAUUUGGUUCAUUGACAUCUGUCUGGCACCUUUUUUUUUUUUUUUUUGUGUACAGAAACCAUUUUAUUUAAUAUGUAAAUGUAUGUUUAUCGCAGUACUUUAGAUGUCAUGUACGAAUAUGGGCCAAAAGUUUUAUCUUAAUUUCAUUUUGAUCGAAAACACAUUAAUAGAUGUGUCUAUAAAAAGGCCACAAGUGGGGAUAAUUUACAAUACUUGAUACAAUAAUACUCUCCAGUGGCACCGGAAAGUAUUCACACUCCUGAACGCUUUGAAUUGAGUAUACUACAUCCAUCCAUGUUCUUCACCGCUUAUCCUCACGAGACAAACAGCCACAUUUACAAUCACACCUAGGAGCAAUUUAGAGUCUCCAAUUAAUGUUGCAUAUUUUUGGGAGGUGGGAGGAAACCGGAGUGCCCACCCGGAGGAAACCCGCGCAGGCACGGGGAAAACAGGCGAACUCCACACAGGCGGAGCCGGGAUUGAACUCGGGACCUCAGAACUGUGAGGCCAACGCUUUACCAGCUGACCCACCACGCCGCCUUGAAUUGAGUAUACUUCUACUUACCAUCUACAUCAAAUAUUCUACAAUGGCAAUGUAAAAACAUAUCUAGACAGUUGUGUAAAUUCAUUUUUAAAAAAAAAUACCAUUCCAACAUAAUUGGUACUGUCCAUAAAUAUUCACACUCUUUGCUAGGACACAGGUGCGUAUAAUUUCCACUGAUUAUUCUCUAGAUGCUUCAACAAUGUGAAUGGAGGCCACCUGUGGCAAAUUCAGUUGAUAGCACAUCAUUUGCAAUGGCGCACACCGGAUUAGAUAAGGUCAGGGCAAAAAACAAACAGGGAUGAGAAUUUUCCGCCGAUCGGCGGAUUUCGGACUUUUUCAGACCAAAAUGACAAUUCUCUAGAUAAACACAAAUCUGUUGAGAAAAUUUCGGGGGCGGGGGGUAUUGUGCGCCUUCCUCUCGGUGGUGGGCUCCGAGCUGCAAGUUCAGCUUAGUGCUAGCACAAGCAUGACUAUCAUAUGCCGUUCUAACCUGCUCCGUAGUCUAAAUAUUUGCAUUUUGCGACAUAAACAUUAAAACUUGUUUGUGGCAGAUUACUCGAUUGGACAACAGUUAUACAGUAUAACGAUCCAAUCAUGUUAGUGGUUAAUCGAGUUUCACCAUGGCCAUGUACAUGUGUUCUCGGUUCUCAGAAAUCGCAGUGUGACUUGUUAGUUAGCCAAGUAAUGGCGCGUGGGACUUAGAUAGCGCCAACUGAGCGACGGUGUGUUGAAAGUUUUACGAUGGUGAAAGGGUUUAGAAAAAAGGAUGAAGAUCGAGCGAGGGCAAUUGACAAGGAUGCUGGAAUCAAAAACUGUUUCAGACGGGCAUGGCUUGAAAAAAGUGGAACCGCGCAGAUAGGACCGAAAACGGUAUCAACACGUCUAACCGAACACAUACAAAAAGUGUGCUGGGCACUCUGUGUUCCGAUAGGAGCAAAAAAUAUCCAGGAGGAAACUCAACCCCCACAUCAACAGACAUUUUCACUGUUUUGGUCCAAAUUGGUCAUUCUCAUCCUUGAACAAAACAGUGAACCUGGUACAGAGCUACAUUUUUACCUUCCACACCCACUGUACUGAUUAUUUAAACGAUUUCACAAUGGUAUGAAAACGUUUUUUUUUUUUGUGUGUGUGAGAUUUUCUGUAGAUUCUUUUAAAAAGAAAAUGUACUGAAAUCAGCUUUAGAAUAAGUCUGUAACAUGGCCAAAUGCGGAAAAAGCGAAGGAGUGUGAAUACUUUCUGGCAGCACGUGAUCUACGCAAGAUAGAAUAGCCAAAAGAUUUGACGCUUUGCCGUUCUUUGCUUUGAGCUGAAAUUUUACACAGAUGUUGAAUAUGUAUGGUUGGCUAUAAUUCUUUCCCCACAUUCUAAAAAGAAAUCAAAAUUUGAAAUAUUGAAAAAUCUUAACUCCAGGCGUGUAUGUUAACUGAAAAGAGCAAUCCUGGUGCACAUUCUCAUGGAAAGUGUUACUAUUUUGAGUACUUCUCCCUUAUAACGUUGAGGGUUACAAGCCGUGUGAUGUGUGUUGUAGUUCAGACCAUUUUGUGAACAAAUGGCUUCCAUUUACAAUUGUGAUGUCAUACUUUUGAUUCCCAGAUGACAUUGUUUAAAAACAGGUGGGAUAAAUUGAGGCUUUUAAGUCUUGGUGUUUAUCUUCAUCUUCACUGGAAUGUAAUUGAGAAAUUUAGUCACACAUUUUUCUCAUUUUGUCAUUUGUAAUUUUUUGGGUAGGGGCACCACAUUUGGUGGACUUGAAAUGUCCCCACAACACUGUUCAAAUGCCAAGUUUUUGUGAUGUAAAAAAAAAAAAAAAAGACCCAGAUAAAUAAUUUUAAAGUGUU